AAAAAUUAUUGAAUUCGUUUUGUGCGAAAGAGAGGGAAAUAGUCUUUUGCUCGUGACACCUCUGUAUACCCUGUGCUGUGCACGACACACAAACACAGGUAUUUCUGCGCAGCUUCGAGAGAAUUUAUGUUUUUUUUUGCCAGGAUGGCAAUUAUUUUACAAAACAGCUGCUGUCAGACAAAAAUUGUGUAAAAAUAAUUUUUUGUGUAAUUCUUUAUUUUUAAACAAAAAAAAACGUAAUUAAUCAAUGUAUUAAGCUCGACUUACACUGUUGUUCUGCCCACAAAAAAGGAAUAAGUUAUUAAUUAAAAAGUAUCAUGACUUCUAGUCUAGGGUUUUAUUUAAAACCAAAAGUAUUGGAGUCAAACAGUUUUGAAGACGACGAUUUAUUUGAAAAUGAGGAGGACGAUGAAGAUUUUGAUAAUCAAGGAUAUUUACAGGAAGUACCUUAUACUUCCAGUAGUGUAGAUAGAAGUUCUAUUGGUUCCAUUCCCUGGGCUGACGAUGCAAUCAAAAUUAACAAAAUGGAAUGGGAAAAAGUUGAAAAAAUGUUGAGUGGUUUGGAGGCGUUAACAGCAGCAGAGGAUGAUUUGAGAAAGGAAAUUUUGGACUGGCAAAAUAAAUUUCCACAACUACUAAAUAAAAGCAAAUAUAAAAUGAAAAAUUUAAGUACAGACUCUUUAGAUAUAGAAUCCUUGCCUAGUAUUGAUUUAACAUCUGAGGAAGAAGAUGAAGAAACUGAAGAUAAAUUAACUUUAACCAGAGAUCGCAUGGCGGAGGUAUCAAUAACUCCCACACCACCCAUACAGAAGUCGUCGGAAGAGGAUAACAACUUGUGUCAACUAAUGGACAAUUUUACUCUUAAAUCGGUGCCUUUAAAAUUAAGUCAACGUGAAACCAGUAGAGCGCUAAUCAAUAAAAGAAAAUGUGCCAGCUCAACCUCCUCUUAUUCGAUGCGUUCUCCGCCAACGCCCCUACAACAAGUUCCUUUAGCCACUACUAACACCAACCGUUUUCGCAUGCCUCCCAUAUUAAAUGUAUUAGACUCUAGAAGGAAAUUUCGAAGUUUGGGCCAAAAGCAAAAUCCCAGUUUUGUACAAUUGACACAAAUCCAACAAGCCAAGUCGGCAGCUGUAGCACAAGAACAAAAAACGCGUUCCCGUUUUCAUACAGGACACCGGUCAGCUUGGCAUGUUCCCUUGGCAGCCAACCGUUUCUUUAACAAUCGUAAUUCAAUUAUUUUGCCAUCCAUAUCAAGUAGACAACAAGUUAUUCAGCAAUACAGCACACAGCCUACAACUACAUCAACAACCAGUGAGUUAGGCACCUCAAAUACAACGCCCUCAUCUAGCGGACCAAAGUCAAACUUAUUACGAACGAAUAAUAAUAAUAGCUUUACACACAACUUAUCGACCAAACACCACCUAGUCUUAGGUGGUUUUACGACGAAUGCCUCAACACAAACCAAUAGUUCGAAUACAACGACAUCUGGAAGAUCAAUAUCGGCUGCAGUACAAUAUCCAAGAGUUACUACAUUUAAUGCUUUAUAUUUACCGUAUAGUGCCUCGAAAUUUCACGCAUUCAAAUAAGAAAAUUUUCUAAUAUUGUAACAAAGAUAAUAAUAAACAAUUAUUUUUAUAUGUAAAUGAA